AUGAAGGUGAAACAGUGCAGCUUCAAGAUCACGCCGCCGUUUCGGGUACUCAUUGAUGGGACGUUUUGCAUGGCGGCCCUGCGCGACAAGAUCAAUUUACGAGGACUGAUGCUCGAAAUAUUUGGGCGAGGAGACGUUGAUAUGUACGACAAAAGCUCCUCGGCGGCCCGGUAUAUGGAGCAACGGCAAUUUGUCGACAAUUUGAGAUUGCCGAAUGUCCGCACAACCAAGCCAAACCGGCGAGCGAAUGCUUUGCGGAGUUGGCCCGGAAAA